AUGUACAUCUUUUUUGUUUCCAAUUAUCUUUGCAUUUCUUUUAGUCCCGAAUUUCCAUAUUUCUUUUUCGAAACAUAUCAUAAGAAUUUUGAAAUUUUUUUGAAUUUUACAAAUUCGGUGUCUUUUUCGGAAAUAUUAACUGUUGCGUCUAUAAAACUGUGUUCCAUAUUCUCAAAGAUAAUUUUGAACAUUUUUUAUUCGACCUUUGCGAACUUUGUAUUUUGGUUUCAAUUCGAAAAUUCUCUGAAGAGCGAAGCAUUCAAAUUCACUUUAUUUGCACAUCCUUUAAGGAUGAUCCUUAGACAGUUAUCUGAAGGUCAUAGAUGUUAUGAUUCAAACUAG